UGAAACCUGUAGCAAAGAAGAAGCUAAAUACAGAUGUCCACGAUGCAUGAAAUAUUCGUGCAGUCUGUUGUGUGUAAAGAAACAUAAGCUUGCACUGAGCUGUAACGGAGUCAGGGAUAAAACAGCGUUUGUCUCUGUAAAUGAAUUUACUGACUUGAACCUUUUGAGUGAUUAUCGUUUCCUGGAAGAUGUAGGAAGGACAGCUGAUGCUGCUGCUCGACAUUGUAUUGUGCAUAGUCCAGCAACAAAAAGACUUUUACAGUGCUUGAGAAACAAAGCUCGAGGGUGUAAUAUUGAGCUGAAAACACUGCCUGUGGGAUUUACAAAAAGAAGAGAAAAUUCAACCACGUUCAAUUCCAUGGAGAACAAGUUCUACUGGCAUUUGAAGCUCGUAUUUCCUCACUGUCAUGCUGAGUACACUUUAAAACGGGUGCCUGAUGAUAAAACACUCACUGAUAUCCUUAAGCCGUACAUUGAUCCAGUGGAGUCGGAUCCUGUAGUUUGUCAAAGAUUAAAAAUCUAUACAGCAUCUCCUCAGUCAGAUGUACAAAUUUUAAUGAAAAUAGAAAACAGGAGCCGAAACUCUGUCAGGUACAAUGAACUGGAUGCCAGUAGAAGCCUCUUAGACAAUUUGAAAGGCAAAAUAAUAAUUGAGUAUCCAACAUUAUUUGUGGUCUUGAAAACACUGAAGAAUGACAUGGUGGUUCUUGGCAAAGAUGGCAGUGAACCUGUAGCGAACUCGGACAGUGAAAGUUCAUCUAUUUCAUCUAUGGAGGAAGGGGAAAUUCGGGACAGUUCAUGACGGUGCUUUGAGAGGAGAGGGUGGAAUGAGCUUUUUGGGUUUUUAAUUAUUUAAUUAAAUGAUUUUUUUAUACAACUGAA